ACACCACACAACAUCAUUUUUCCAGACAGAUCAAACUCCCCUCGCGUGGAAGAUAUCUGUGCGUAUUAUCUGAUCGUAUCUUCUGAACUUCUUCUCUACGCUGGACGGCAGCUCAAACAAUCAGCUGUUCAGGGCCGUGCACUGCCACCAUCGAGCUUCCGUUUCUACCUUCUAUACAUCAAAACUAUCAUAGCACACACAAUGUCUUGGGACCCUUUCGCGCAAGGUGUUGUUGCACAGGGAACAUUCGACAAAGUGAUCGUUGUCGAUUCUACUGGUCAGACCACAUGGGGUAAAGGAGGACCCAUCGAGGUUUCUGACGAGGAGAUUUCCGUAAUCGUCGGCGCUUUCACGGACCCUCAAGGUGUUCGAAGCAAGGGACCCGAAUUCGAGGGCGAAAAGUAUGUUUUGAACAAGAUCGACGACGAUGCUGACAUUCCAAUAAUGCUCGUCCAAAAGACCACAUCGACAGGCAAGCAAGGUAUCGUUGCCGCCAAGUGUAACAAGGCGGUUUUCAUCGCGCACUAUCUUGAAGCCUCCUCGCCCAUCGAGGCCAUUUCCUCUGCUGUUACCCAGGCCGCUCAUAUCAACAAGUACACAUAAUGAGACCAGAAAUUUGAUUUCUACCUAUGUGGGAGUUACCAUUCAUAAUACAGUGCGGACAUAGGAUUAUUCUCGAGUGGGAAAAUGGAAUGUUGGUACGGUUUUUGUAUAAAACCUACAAUUAUGUCCUUAUUCACACUCAUCUGCUUUGGUAAUUAUGGUCAUAGGUACCGGGAUAUGCUAUAGACACAUUUAUUUCGAAAUGUCAUGAUUGCAUGGCCCAUUCAGUUUUGUAAUAGCAAACACAGUCCUGCAAGCACUGAUAUAAGUAUAUCUCCUAUAAUCGAUAGCCUCAAGCAAGCAUCUUAGUCUGGCGUUAGAAUCGAUUUCGCUAUGCAAACACUCAAUAUCAGACAUAGUCAGACUUUUUUAA